GGUAAAGUAGUGCUGAUCACGGGCUCGAGUGCCGGUAUUGGCGCCGCCACUGCCGUACAGUUCUCCAGAGCCGGCGCUCAGGUGGUGGUCACCGGUAGGCGCGCCGACAAAGUGUCACAAGUGGCCAAAGAGUGUCUCAAAGUAUCACCGAAUGGGACGAAAGCUCUGGAAGUGGUGGCGGAUGUGACUAAAGUGGAUGACUUGCGACGACUUGUGGACACAACUAUCAAACACUUCGGGAAACUCCAUGUUUUGGUAAACAACGCCGGCGCGGGCUUUCCGAUAGGCAUCGAUAAUAAGGACUAUUACGAGACGUAUUUGAAAACAAUGCAAUUAAACCUCAAUUCUGUGGUCUAUUUGACGCACAUAUGUGUCGAGCAUUUGGAGAAAACAAAGGGAAAUGUGAUAAACAUCUCGAGUGUAGCCGCUCUGCAAUCCGGUGAUGGCGCUUCACCAUAUCAUAUGUCUAAGGUUGCGAUGGAUAUGUUCACCAAAUGUAUGGCCGCAGAGUUGGGACCCAAACGUAUCCGCGUGAAUGUCAUCAAUCCUGGACCAAUUCGUACGGAAAUUUUAAACGCCGCUGGACUGCCCCAGCACAUCAUUGACAAACAUGACGACUACUUCUCAAGUGUAUUGCCGUUGGGACGUGUGGGUGACCCUGAUGACAUUGCCGACUCCAUACUCUACUUGGCCAGUGACCAUGCUGCUUUUAUAACGGGCACUAAUCUGUUAUCAGAUGGUGGGGCCAUUGCUGCCAACGCUAUCAACAAUAAAGCCCUUAAGGAGGUGCUGUUUCAUUCUACCAAUAUUUUAGCGUUAUUAAUAUUUUUGCAUGACCUGUAUACUAUUUGGUUUGGGUUGAGGCGCCGGGUCAACACCAAUAAACGACUCGAUGGACAGGUAGUUGUGAUCACCGGUGGAAACACCGGCAUUGGAAAGGAGACGGCGUAUCAGCUAUCGCUAAGGGGCGCCAAAGUUUACAUCGGAUGUCGUGAUGAGACAAAAGGCAAUACAGCUGUCAAUGAGAUAGUGAUUAGGAAUCCAAAGGCAGUCAUAAGACUAUUAACUCUAGACUUGUGUUCACUUCAAUCGGUCCGCAGAUUCUGCAAAGAAUUGUCAAAAUUGGAGACAAAAAUAGAUAUUCUGGUCAAUAAUGCGGGUAUUUUUGGCGCACCCGAGGGCAGGACUGACGACGGCUUUGAGCUACACCUCGGAGUCAAUCACUUGAGUACGAAG